AUGGCAAGCAUGCUGCCGUUCCAGCUACAACACGCUCAGCAUCAGCCUCAGGGCCCCGCCUACCCUGACAGAGAUGUCGCCCUCUCACUCUCGCCCUCGUCCCUCCCCUCCUUCCUCGACUCGCUCGCCAAGCCCGCAAACUACUCGCUUGCAUCGCCGACGGCACGUGUCAGGGUCAAGAGUGCCCUUUACAACUGGGCGCUCAAUCCUGACUCGCCCGUCAAGAACCUCUUCCUUCCGACUUCCAACGCCAAGGGCAAAGGUCCCGCAACGGAUUCUCCGGCAGGAAGCGAUGCAUCCAGCGCCUCUCAGGACAUUGAAGACGGAUGGACUCUCCGGUCCGCCCAGGCGCAAGCCUUCGCCUCGUUGUUGACAGGCAUCGCCAGCGCCUCGACUCGCGGUCAACCGUGCGGCCACGUCUUCAAGUCCGGCGAGUCCGUCUACCGCUGUCGCGACUGCGGCAUCGAUGCGACGUGCGUUCUUUGCGCCCGCUGCUUCCACGGGUCGGGCCAUGCGAAGGCCGGUCACGAUGUCACGGUCAGCGUCCAUUCGGGAGUCGGUGCGGGAUGCUGCGACUGCGGCGACGUCGAGGCAUGGAAGGAGGGCUGCCACACGGAUUGCAAGUACCACGGCGUCGAUGCGGGUCCAGACGAGAUGGACGAGGAACAGGACCUCGAGCCGGAUGACGAACAGCUGGUUCAGGCGGCCCUCUCGCGCGUCCGCGAGACGCUCGAAGUCUCGCUCGACUGGGCUCUCGACGUCCUCUCCCGCUCGCCGACAUCCUUCACUCCGCCGCGACGAGCUGAAGAAGUUACGGGUGCCGCUCCUCCCGCUCCUCCCGCAGUCGGCGAUGACGAGGACACCAACGCGACCCCUCGACCGCCAACGGCCGCCAGUCUCGCCGCCUUCAUUCGCCAACGCGCCGAUGCGGCUCAUGGUCUCGCAGUCUUGCUGCGGCAGGUCGACGAUGGAGGCGAGGAGGACAUCGAGACGGACGAGCAGGACCUCCUCGACGCCGAGAAUGCCGAGGGAGCGUUCCAACUGCCUCCCGACGUCGAACAGGCACUUGAGCAGUACCGGCGAGGCAUCGCGGUGCCUGCUGUGGAGACGUACAACCUGCAUCCGUUCUCUUCUCCUGCCGACACCGCUCCCGCUCCCACUCGGCGCCCUGCGCCCCUCCACGAGCCGCCCUUCGCCGUCGUCCUUUGGAACGACGAGCGCCAUUCCUUCGCCGAAGUGAUCGACCAAGUCUCUCGCGCGACUGGCUGCUCCCGCGCCGCCGCAAGCGGAGUCGCCCAGCGCGUCGACUCGAAAGGCCGCGACGUCGUCCUCAUCAGCCAGAGCGCCGAGGAGUGCGUUCGAGUCGCCAAGCGUAUCGGCGUCAUCGAGUUGGGCGUGACCGUGCGGAGCGCCAUCGAGACCUGGCGAGAACAGGUCGCGGUCGAGAUUGUCCUUCUCUCGCUUUCCGACUUGCUGCACUGCAGAGUCGGACGAGGAGCGGAUGGACCGAGAAGGAUGAAGGAGCUGGUCGCCGGUGUUUGGCUCGACAGGAAGAAGGGUGGCGACGGGAAGAGCAGGUUCCAGAGUUGGGCGGAACUCGAGGAGCGCCUGUGGAAGGAGCCGCGCAAGGGCUUCCAGGAGGGCGCGAUCGGUUUGUUGGGCGUUUCUGCGGAGGUCCGGCUCAAGCUUAGCAAACAGUACGCCGAGAUCUACUCGAGUCUCGCCGAAUCCUACCUUCUGUCCGACCGCGAGCCCGAGAACUCUUUCAUCUUCUUCGGCGUCCAGGUCUUCACCGUCCCGUCCGUCUCGGCUCACCUCAUCGACAAAGAGGACUUCUUCGAGACGAUCCUCGAGGUCCUCGUCAGCUUUUUCACCGGCCAGCUCACGGACGACAAGAAGCACCUCGUCCUCCCGCCCGAGCCGUCGUUCGGCACCGAAGUCAACCUCGACUCGCCGCUCCUCUCGAAGCAGAAGCGCUACUUCCAGCUCUUCAACGACCUCCAGCACCUCAUCUCGUCGCCUCUCGCUCAGGAAGCCCUCUUCAAGUGGACGGCGCUUCAUGCGCAGGUCAUCGAGCUGUUCGGGCUCUUCCACAAUAUGAACGCGCAGACGAGGGCGGUUGGCACGCACGUCGAGUACGAAAACGACCAGUGGAUCACCGCCUUCAACUUGACCAUCCAGCUCGCACGCCUCGCCCGCACAUUCGGCGAAGCGAAGCGUACGUGGAUCGUCAAGGGCGUCUCGGACCAGUCGCCCGGCUACGAGUUACAACGCGCCCUGCAAGGCGUCCUCGCCCACCUUCUCCUCCACCCGUUCUGGGACACUGCCGCCGAGCGAGGCAUCUGGCGCCGCAUCUCCCUCCUCCCCGCUUCUGCAGGCGAGUCCAGCGUCGGCCUCUCGCUCGAGAACCGCAUCUCGACGCGACCCGUCUCGUUCCACCACCCGCUCCACUGGAUGCUCGCCGAGGUGUUCAAGGGUCUGACAGCGUGGCCGAGUAUGCGCGAGUGGGCGUCGUCUGUCGGGAGGAACAGCGUCAGGGACUGGAUCUUCGGCCUCCUCGAGGUUCGGCCGGAGCUGAGUCCGCUGCAGGCAUUCCUCUGCAUCUUGGACGUCCCGCUUUCGACCGUCGUCCUGGUCGCCCAAAUCCGCGCCGGCAUCUGGGUUCGCAACGGCUUCGGCAUUCGCGCCCAGAACCUUCACUACCGCGACUACUCCCUCCGCGAGACGACCUACGAGCAGGACGUCUUCUUCCUUCAGACCGCGCUCGUCGUGCUCGAACCGUCCGAGUUUAUCGCCCCGCUCAUCGACCGUUUCGAGCUGCGCGAGUGGCUCGUCGAGAAGCGCGUGCCCCCGAACGCCGUCUUCGAGCCCGAGCAGGCCCUCAACCUGCUCGACGAGAUGCUCAACCUUGUCAUCACGCUUGUCACCGACCCGACUUACGUCGCUCCACUCACCGACGCCGCUGCACUGCGUCGCGAGCUCCUCCACUACCUCGCCUUCGGCCCGACGACCUACUCCGACCUCAUCCGACGCAUCUCGGAGCGGUUCUCGGACGACCCGAAGAUUGACCGCAUCCUCAGCGAGAUCGGGACGUUCAAGCCGCCCAGCGGGACGAACGACCAGGGCUUGUACAGCCUGCGCGAGGAGCUGCUGGACGAGGUGGAUCCGUGGUUCGCGCGAUACACGAAGAACCAGCGCGAGGAGGCUGAGAAGAUUCUCAAGGCGGCUUUGCGCAAGAAGGGCAAGAUGGCGACGAGCGAUGCCGACCCGGUCGUCGUCCCUCGCAGACUGGCUGUCUCGUCGGAUGCGUCGGGUCCCUUCGUCGACAUACCGCGGAUCCUUGGCAGCGACGCGCUGCUGGUCCUCGUCUACCACGCCAUCCGCACCGGUCAAGCCCUACAACCCCUGUUGCCUCCUGCCGAGCUCGCCGACGCGCCCGAGUCGCCCCCGUCCCCAUACUUCUCCGAAUCAGUCGUCGACCAGGCCCUGCAGCUCGCCAUGCUUGCAAGCGUCGAGUACCCAGACGCUUUCGCCGCCUUCGCCGUUCAGCUGCUUCCGGUUUCUGUUGACGACCGUAUCGAGGACUCGCUUGCUCACGCCCUCGUCCGAGUGGAGGAGGACGACCGACUCGCCGCGGUGUGGCCGAAGGCCAGGUGGCUACUCAAUCGCCUCGUGGAGCACCACGGCGCCCUUGUCUCGUCCAUGCGCAGGCAGCCCGAGAUGGUCACCGACCAAAGCGGACCGUCGUCAGAAGCUCAAGCAGCGGAGGCGAAAAAAGCUGCCGCAAAGGCCCGCCAGGCCGCCAUCAUGAAGCAAUUUCAGCAGGCGCAGUCGGCUUUCCUGCAGAAUGUCGACGACGAGGAAGACGAGGACGACGAGUUCGCGAUGGCCGACGAUUCUCCAGCGGAGGUGGCGGCGCCCAAGGUCGACUUCGGCAGCUGCAUCGUCUGCCAGGACCAGCUCGAGGACUCGGCCGCGUUCGGCAUGCUCGCCUUCGUCCAGGGCAGCAACCUCAUCCGCCUCUACCCCGCCGGCGAACAGAACGAAGCGGCGUACCAGCAUGAGUUGCUGAGCGUGCCGACAAGCCUCGAUCGGGCGCUGUCUGAUCGCCCAUAUGGCGUCGCGGGACGUAAGGACGGCUUCAUCGACCGCAGCAUCGUCGGCGAGGACGGCCUCGCUCACGGCUUCCCUCAAUCGACUCGUUCCGGCAUGUGCGCCUCGUCCUGCGGCCACAUGAUGCACCUCGCCUGCUUCGACAACUACGUCCGCUCGCUCGAGCAGCGCCACCACCAGCAGCGGACGCGGAACCACCCCGAGAACCUCGAGCGCCGCGAAUUCGUCUGCCCGCUCUGUAAAAGUCUCGGCAACGUUCUACUUCCCGCCAAGUCCGACUCGCCUGCCUUCCAGCCGUACCAGGGACGCUUCGACUCGCGCACGCUCGCCGAAUGGGGCCAAGCGGACGCCGACCCGAUCGAGGAAGGCGCUACGCUCGACCAGUUCGACGAGACGCUCGCAAAGCGGGUCGACAAGCUCUCGCUGCGCUUCGACGAUGGCAAGAGCGCUUUCAAGCCCUGGCGUGCGACGAUGGCCUUACCGAUGCUGCUCCCCGGGCACUUCAACGAGAACGAGGGUCGAAUGAUCGCACGGCUGCUGCAGGUCGUCACGGCCUUGCAGAACGAGAUCGGCGGGCCGUACAACGCCAUUGCGACCUUGUCGCAAGACGUGAUGAGCUACACCAUCUCGUGCCUCGAAGUCGCAACCCGCGGUACUGACGAGCCGUCCUGGGCGAUCUCGGACGCCAAUCUUCGCCUCGUCCAAGGCUUCUGCGGCGUCUUGCACAGCCUGACUCGCCUCAUGACGCAGUCGGUCGAGAGCGAGCGCAUCGCCGCCGUCUCGGUUCGCCAGCGGCUCGGCGGCAUCUUCUCUCGCGACAGCAAGUUUGCGGACGUCGAGUUCACCAAUGUCGACCCGCUCAACUCGGUCCUCGAAGCCGCCGUCUGCAUGCCAUCCGCAUUCUACCACGUCGUCUCGGUCGCCUUCUACACCGCGCUCGCCCAGAACCUCCUCAGCAUCUACAAGAGUUGGGGGAGGAGUGACAGCGAGGUGCAGGUCUUGACCGCCAAGGACGUCUCGGCGGCCGAGCGGGCGGAGUACUCGGCACUCGCGCAGAUUCGCGAUGUCUUCUUCAACGACACGCAUGCCCCCGCCGCCCCGUUCCCGAACCUUGACCCAGCCGACCUUGCUUUGACGCUCGGCAAGCACCUCCACGCUCAAGCGACCGUCUUCCUCCGCCGCGUCGGCAUCGUCGCCCGUGCCGUGAUUGGCGCAACGCCGGAUGCAACGCUCGACAGCGACCGCACCGAGCUGUCUCGCCUCAUCGACCUGCUUCGCAUCCCACCGCCGGAUGUCGUCCUCUCGACUGGCAUUACCCACGACUCCGACCUUGCGACCUUGCGGCAGCACAUUGCAGCGUGCCGCGAGUCGACCAGCCAGACGCUGCUGCACAACGUCGGCAUUAAGGACGACCAUUCAGUCGCCGAGCCCGCAGACACUCAUGCCAGCGAUGCCUCGGUUGCGCCUCUCGAGCACGUCGUCCCGUACGAGCUGCUCGGCCUGCCGGACAAGCUGGACACCCUCCUCGCCCUGUCCAUCGAAGCCAAGUGCAGACGGUGCGACAACGUGCCGGAGAACCCAGCCUUGUGCUUGUUCUGCGGCGAGGUGCUCUGCUUGCAGAGCUUCUGCUGCAUGGUGGGCGAGGAAGACGCAGCGCAUGGCGAGUGCAACGAGCACAUGUGGACCUGCGCCGGCUCCGUCGGUCUCUACUACCUCAUCAAGCGCAAUGCCAUCCUCUACUUGCACACCGAUCGCGGCGCUUUCUCUACCCCGCCCUACCUCGACUCUCACGGCGAAGUCGAUGUCGGUGCUCGCCGCAUCCGAAGCCAAUUCCCGCAGUUCCUGCACCGCGGACGCUACGACGAGCUCCGCAAGCUCUGGCUCUCUCAAGGCAUCCCGACAUUCGUCGCGAGAAAGCUCGACGCGACGACGGACCAGGGAGGAUGGACGACUUUCUAG